CCGCCCCCUUCAAAAAAAGUAAUUAAUUUCGGAAACUUUAAUUAAACAAAUUUUUUUAUCAGUCAAUAGUUGGAAAUUAUAGACGUCACACUACUCUAUCAUAUCGCAUGUUGCGCAUGAAAUCAUUUAUCAUUUUUAUUCGCAAAUUAAACGUUAACAGAUAACUGUCAGUUGGCUUAACUUACGAAGCCAUACAGAAGAGAAAAUUGGAGCUGUAAAGGUGUUUGUGCAAAGUGUGAAAUUAUGCAACGAAUUGCAGUUAUAGGUGGCACCGGCAUGACCGGACAAUGUGUGGUUGAUUAUGCCUUGGAAAAGGGGCUACAAAUUCGUUUACUCUAUCGCACAGAAAAAACUGUGCCAGAACGAUUUAAGAAGUCCGAUAAAAUAGAAAUGGUCCAGGGCAAUGUGGUUAAUUUGGAGGAUUGCGAGAAGGUUGUAGAAGGUGUUGAUGGCGUCUGCAUAAUAUUGGGUACCCGUAAUAAACUUGAAGCAACAUCCGAACUCUCAAGAGGCACAGCGAAUCUUAUCAAGGCUAUGAAGGCAAAAAAUGUUACGAAAUUCUCCGUUGUUAUGUCCUCAUUUCUAUUUCGGCCCCUGGCCGAAGUUCCCGCAAUGUUUCAUCGUUUAAACGAUGAACAUAAACUAAUGCUUGAUUAUACAAAAUCAUCUGACCUGCAGUAUAUCGCUAUACUUCCACCACACAUUGCGGAUGAACCAUCGACCGACUAUAUAGUACAGCAUGAUGAGGCACCUGGUCGAAUGAUUUCCAAAUAUGAUUUGGGAAAAUUCAUAGUGGACUCUUUGGAACAGCCAGAACAUUAUCAAAAAGUGUGUGGUGUAGCUAAAAAGUGCACAGAAGAUUAAACAGAUGGCUAACCAAAAUACAAAUAUCAUUUAAAAAAUUUAAAUUCUUCGAUGGCGCCAUAAUGUUACGGCAUGUAUCUUGUUAUGUUCCAAAACACCAGUCAUUCGCCUGCGUCAUACAUAUGAAAUUAAAAUUGCAUUUUAAGAUAUUCAAAUUUAAUCACGUACCACCAUUAACACCUAAUACAAAAUUCAUUCACUAUCUUAUCGAAAA